AUUGUAAACACACAUUCAAAGUGAUACACAACAGAUCAAUUGUGAAUGAGAAGAAAAAAAAUCUACGACACAAAUUACAAACCACAAAAAUUCAAACAUUUUCAAGUAAUUCAAGUUUUUGUGCAUCAAUCAAAACCAGUGACUGCAGAAAAACGGCACGAAUUGAAUGGUAAAAGUGUUUUUAUUGGAAAUAUUGUGGAAUCACAGCAGUAGAAAAACAUGGAUGACGACGGUGAAGUGUACGAGAACGGGCAAGAAAUCAGUACGAACGACGGGAUUUUGCUGAAAAAAGGGCCGCUCUCAUUUCUCAACGAAAUAUUACACAGCACCACGGGCAGUUUGUCAUUGGUGCAUUAUAUAGCGAAUAAUUUGUGCAUCGAAUGGAAACCAAACGAUCAUUAUUUGAUUGCUGAUGCGGACACACAAGAGCAGGGCGAUUGGUCGUUUGUUGAUACGAUAACGAAACGUCAACGAACCGCCAGUGAAUGUAAUGUAUUUGGUGGCAACCCCAAUACGAUUCAGUCAACCGAGACAAAUACAGCCGAACGGCAACCCACACCACAGAAUAAUAAGCCAACCAUUUUACGGGCUCGAAUCGGUGAAUUGAAAUAUAUUGAAGUUUUAAAAAAUGGUCACACCAUUCGUUUGAUUAACAAAUCGGAUGCUAAAGUACACAGCGAGUAUUUUUUUCAAAACGGAAACGCGGACGGUUUUGUCAGAACACUACAAACGACACAUUGUCUGCAACGGAGCCGUCACAACAAGAAUCAAUUUGAGAUAGUUGAUAACAUUGAAUAUGAUAAGGAGAAAUUGCAAAAAACAUUUGCCGAAUUGAAAAUUGACGACAUUAAAUCGGGAAAAGGUGGCUGGAUAUCAAAUAUAGUGCGAAAUCCAUUGGAACAAACCAUUGAUUUUUUGGCCAAAAUGUCCGACGUAUAUACCAUUGCGGCUGGGCAAAGUGCACAAACAUCACCCGUAAAAUCGGAUCCAAAUAACUCAACCACAAGUCUAGCAUCGAACAAUGAUGAGUAUGAAGUGCUGAGUAAUUCACCGAAAGCCGAAAAUCAAUUCAGUCUGCCAGUGCGACCAACAGUCACCAGAGGAUCACCACUUUCAGUCAAACAGUGGAACGAAUUUAUAACCGAAGAUGGUCGUAUUUCCGAUGUCGAACGUGUCAAAGAAGUCAUCUUUCGGGGUGGUGUAGAAGAUUCACUGCGGCCCGAGGUGUGGAAAUAUUUACUGGACUAUUACGAUUGGGACAUGACAACCGAACAGAAAAUACAGCAUAAAAAUCGCAAAAGUCAAGAGUACUAUCAAAUGAAGCUACAAUGGCUGUCAAUGUCACAAAUUCAAGAGAAAAACUUUUCCGACUAUCGUGAUCGAAAAUGCCAAAUUGAAAAGGAUGUCAAACGAACGGAUCGAAGCCAAGAGUACUUUGCUGGAGAUGAUAAUCCCAACUUGAGUGUCCUUCAAGACAUUCUGAUGACGUAUGUGAUGUAUAAUUUUGAUUUAGGUUAUGUUCAAGGAAUGAGCGAUUUGUUGGCACCCAUUUUAUGCAUCAUGAACAAUGAGUCGGAUGCAUUUUGGUGUUUUGUUGGCUUCAUGGACAUUGUAUUCACCAACUUCGACAUGGACCAAGCGGGAAUGAAACGACAGCUUCAGGAUUUGAAUACAUUGAUCGCCAUCGCAAAUCCACGUCUUUACGCCUAUUUCAAGGAGCACAAAUCGGAAAAUAUGUAUUUCUGUUUCCGUUGGCUGCUCGUGUGGUUCAAGCGUGAGUUCACCAACGAAGACAUCUACGAGCUGUGGGAAGUAUUAUGGACAAAUUUACCGUGCAUGAAUUUCCAUCUGUUUGUCAGUGUUGCUAUUUUAGACGAUCAGCAAGAUAUAUUUAUCGAACGAAAAUAUGAAUUCAACGAAAUUUUAAAGCAUGUUAAUGAAUUGUCAUUGGCCAUUGACUUGAAAUCAUCACUGGAAAAGGCCGAAGCCAUAUAUUUACAGAUCAAAACCAUGGAACACCUUACUGACGACGUGCGUUUGCUUAUCGGCGAAGAACCGAUACAAAAAGUUGAGAAAAUUGACGACGACGACUAUGACGACAACUUUGAUGAGAUUGUGACCAUUUCGAAGAAUGCGAAAGAAGAAAUUGAAAUUCAAAAGAAAAUCGACGAGGCAUGCGAAAGAUCAAUGUACAAUUCAUUCUACUGAUGAAUAUUUCAAGUUUAUUGGAAUUCCACACAAUGGUGCUUUAUCUAUUACAUAAUUUAUCCAAGUAGUUUUAAUUUUAAGACGAUUUUUUUUAUAAGAUAGUUGCCGAGAAUUUCACAAUAAAAUCAUAUUACUUAUUACUAAUCUUAA